UCCCUUGUGCUAGGCUGGGGUCCCGAGGCGGGCAGGGGGCCAUGCGGACGGCCGGGGAGUCCAAAGCCCUGAGCCUGACACUCCUCCGUCGAGCGGCGGCGGCUUGGUGGCCGCUGGAGUAGCCGCUGCCUUUGUUCCGAGCGCCCAGCCCUCCCGUCACCCCGGCCCCUCACGCCGCCGCGCUCCGGCUGGCCCGCCCUUGGUCCCCGAAGCCUCAUUCGGCCCGUGCCGCGCGGAUGCGGCUGCCGGGCCUGAGUGCGGGCUUUGAGCGGGAGGAGGAGCAGCAGCGGCGGCGCCUGGGCGGCAUGCGAUGGGGAACUGCUGCUGGACGCAGUGCUUCGGGCUCCUCCGCAAGGAAGCGGGGCGGCUGCAACGUGUAGGAGGCGGUGGAGGAUCCAAGUAUUUUAGAACAUGCUCAAGAGGGGAGCACUUAACUAUAGAGUUUGAGAAUCUAGUAGAAAGUGAUGAAGGGGAAAGCCCAGGAAGCAGUCAUAGGCCUCUUACUGAGGAAGAAAUUGUUAAUCUAAGAGAGAGGCAUUAUGAUUCUAUUGCUGAAAAACAGAAAGAUCUUGAUAUGAAAAUUCAAAAAGAGUUAGCCUUACAAGAAGAGAAGUUAAGACUAGAAGAAGAAGCUUUAUACGCUGCACAGCGUGAAGCAGCCAGGGCAGCAAAGCAGCGAAAGCUCUUGGAGCAAGAAAGGCAGAGAGUUGUGCAGAGAUACCAUCCUUCAAACAAUGGAGAAUAUCAGAGUUCAGGACCAGAAGAUGACUUUGAAUCUUGUUUGAGAAAUAUAAAGUCACAGUAUGAAGUUUUUCGAAGUAGUAGAUUGUCAUCAGAUGCCACAGUUUUGACACCAAAUACAGAAAGUAGUUGUGAUUUAAUGACCAAAACUAAAUCAACAAGUGGAAAUGAUGACAGCACAUCCCUAGAUCUAGAGUGGGAAGAUGAAGAAGGAAUGAAUCGCAUGCUUCCAAUGAGAGAACGUUCCAAAACAGAGGAAGACAUUCUUCGAGCAGCACUUAAGUAUAGCAGCAAGAAGACUGGAAGUAAUCCUACAUCAGCCUCUGAUGAUUCCAACGGGCUGGAAUGGGAGAAUGAUUUUGUUAGUGCCGAAAUGGAUGAUAAUGGCAAUUCAGAGUAUUCUGGAUUUGUAAAUCCUGUAUUAGAACUGUCUGAUUCUGGCAUAAAGCAAUCUGAUACAGAUCAACAGAAACGAUAGGCUAAAAUCAUAUGACCCUGUUUAUUAGUUGUGACCAAAUGUUAAAAGCCAACUAGAAUGUAUAAACGAUUGUGCUGAGCCUUUUUGUAAGAGGGAGAUAAGAAACCAUGUUGUAAGUGCUUAUUAGAAAGGAAUAGAAAUGAUAGGCUAUAUCUGAGUUGCUUCAGAAUUAAGUGCAAUUUCAUCAUCUGCCUUCUGCUUUUCAAAAACAAUUUAAUGGUUCUGUCAUGUCAUCAAUUAAAUUAAUUUCGACUCUUUGUAGCAUUCCUGUUUACUAUUUGUAGAUUUUCACUUUUAAAAAUAGUUUUAUUAAUUUUACUUUGAAUGCUUUCUUAAGCCUAUUUCAGUAGUUGUGAAAAUGUUAAGGCAUUUUAUGUUUAUUCUCAGCAGACGUGAAGGGAGCAUGAAGACCAUCUGCCAGAUCAGAUUUAUAGUGGUGUUCCCUUUUCCACCUAUUCCAGCAUUAUCUAUUCCUAUGACUUAUUUAAAUUUCAUUAUCUAAUAGUAAGCACAAUUGAGUAGAUGACCCUAAAGAAAUGCUGAAAUAUCCGGUUUUUUCUAUACUUACUGCAUAUCCUAAUACAAUAAUGAUGAUUUAGUCUGAACAAAGGAUGUAUGUGAAAAUAAGCUUUCAGAGUUCAGACGCUUGAAGCUAGUAAUCAAAAGUAAUAUUUAAGAAAAUAUAUAUAUUUAGGUUUUUCACUUCCUUUUACAUGCUGCCACUAUAAAUGAAUAUUUACUUUAAGUUAAUUGAUAUAUUAAAUUUCUAGGUGUUUUUUUAAAUUCUAUAUUUCCGAUGAAUGGUCUUAGAAAGAUUUUACACAGAACAUUCUCUGUGCAUGACUUAUUAAGAAAGGAAACCUAAAAAUGCAAUACGGGUAUUUCAAAAUAAAAUCCUUUCUGGUGUGAAAGGAUUCAUUGAUUUUAUUAAGCUUUCCUUUGCCUUGUAAUACAAGGUGAUUUAAUGGGAUGGAACUAAGUCUAUCAAUAAAUAUAACUGUAUUCAUGAUGUACAAUGAACUCUUCUUUUCCCUAAAGUUUAUGUAUCACUUUGAAGGCCAAGGCUAUAAAGCACUCCCUAAUUGCUUGUCUUAAUUUUGCUGAGGAUUGCAUAUGAUCUUAGUAAGUAAACUGUUUUCUGAUUUUU